CAAACCCGAGAGAGCUGUAACAGCGUGUGGACUCCAUUGAAAAGGGGGCCUUAUUAUCUCCAUCAGGGGAACUUACACGAGGUCCGACACGAAGCAAGACGUAUGCGCGAGCGUCCUAAAAACCUGAAGCAUACAGAGAACCACAACAGAUCAGACCAGACCAGAUUGAGCCCAGUUACUGACCCCCCUCUCCCCCUUACCCCCAGCCUUGCAGGCUGCAUCCAUCAGCACUCUGCAAUUGUCUCAUUUAAUAGUAAUUUAUAGUGCUGAUCAGACAAAUUUAAACCACCACCGCUGGGUCCGGACAGGAGGCCCAGAGGUUCCCCCCGCUGGACCUCUAAGUUGUGCCUGGCGAUGCCUCAGCCCAGCGUCAGUGGGAUGGAGCCUCCCUUUGGGGACGCCUUUCAGAACUACUCAUUUGCUGACCAGGCCCUGACCAGCACUGAGCUGCUCGCCACCAGCUCCGACCCAGAUUUCAUGUACGAACUGGACAGAGACAUGACCCACCGGCAGAGCCCCUGUGGGGACAGCGUGGUGGGGGCCGGGGAUGGAGGGAAGGAGGUGGAGGGAUGUGUGGAUCAGCUCAUGGGUCUAGGCGAGUGUGAGACGGUCUACAGCAGCUCAGCGUUCGAACAGUGGGACUCCUACUGGGAAGACCUCACCAGAUACACGCGGCUGGCCAGCUGUGACAUCUGGGGCACCAAAGAGGUCGAUUUCCUCGGAUUGGAUGACUUCUCUAGUCCCUACCAGGACGAGGAAGUGAUUAGUCGAACCCCGACCCUGGCUCAGCUCAACAGCGAGGAUUCGCAGCCUGUGUGCGAGGCUCUCUACCCUGCGGCUGACCUGAUCCUGCCUGCCCCCCAGCCUCAGCCUCAGCCGUCCCAGCUUCCCUGUCACAGUAAGAGACCCCUGGUCCCUGGCCAAGGAUUGGGCGCCGGCUCCGUGCGGCCCUCCCAGAGCUCCACAUCCUCUUCCCGUCCCUCCCGCAGUCUCCUCCCAGACUUUCCCGAAGGUUCCCAGAAAGCCACCCGACCUGUCCCCUCCAGCACCGAGACCAUGGCCAAGACCCAGAACCUUCUCAGUCUCACCCAGGACUACGGCCAAGCUCCACCCAAGCCCCAGGGGCGAGGAACCAAGAUGGUGGCCCCAACUUCUCACGGCUCUGACUUUGUGCGUAAGGCCAAAGUACGUGUGAGUGCUGUGCAUAAAACUCAGCCCGACAAGCCUUCCCAGACGGAUUUUGAGAGGUCAGAUCCCCCUCUACCUCUCUCCCAGCCCCAAGACGAGAAGGCCUCCACUUCGGCAAGUGCCACGUUGGUGGGACUUCCUGCUGCGGCAGCCGGUGGCUCUGGCAGCCUGACGACCUUUGAGAGGAGGGCAGAGGGGACAGGGAGGAGAGAGAUGCCCUUAGGCUGGUCUGCCGCGGUGCCUCACCUUGUUGAGGCAAGCCAGGCCCUGGAAGGCGUGCUGCCUUCCGGGCUGGUCAGUGGCGGCGAUAGCGUGGCAGGAGCUAGCGGCGGUGGCGUUCUUGUUGUCGAAGGCACGGAGAAGAGCAAGGAGGAAGAACACAACUACUCUCUAUUCCUGACCCGCAGCAGACUGGCCGGCAGAGCCCACUCCCAGCUGGAGGAGGAGGAAGAGGAGGAGGAAGAGGAGGAGGAGGAAGAGGCAGCGGAGGAGGAGGAGGAGGGCGAUGGGCUGGAGCUGGAUGACGAAGACCACGAUGAGGGUUUUGGCAGUGAGCAUGAGCUGUCUGAAAAUGAGGAAGAAGAGGAUGAGGAGGAGGAUGAAGAUUACGAAGCAGACAAGGAUGAUGACAUGAGUGAUGCCUUCUCCGAGCCAGGCUGUGACAUGGAGCUGAUGGAGGACAUUAAAGGCCUGACAGCAGGAGUCUCCAGCCGGAAGCGAGGCAAGCGUCGCUACUUCUGGGAGUACAGCGAGCAGCUCACCCCCUCCAAACAGGAACGUAUGCUGAAGCCGUCUGAGUGGGACAGACACACGCUGCCUAGCAACCUGUACCAGAAGAACGGGCCUCUCCAUGGGAAGUACAUGCUGAAGAAGUCUCGCCGCACAGACGUAGAGGACCUGACUCCCAAUCCACGCAAGCUGCUGCAGAUCGGCACCGAGCUCCGCAAACUGAACAAGGUGAUCAGCGACCUGACCCCUGUGAGCGAGCUGCCGCUGACUGCACGACCUCGGUCCCGCAAGGAGAAGAACAAGCUGGCAUCCAGAGCUUGUCGUUUAAAAAAGAAGGCCCAGUAUGAAGCAAACAAGGUGAAGCUCUGGGGACUCAGCACAGAGUACGACCGGCUGCUGUUUGUGAUCAACGCCAUCAAGGAGGAGAUCGUGGCCCGAGUGGAGGAUUCUUCUCCGCGUCCCACCAACAUGACUGACACUCUGGAGCACCUCAUCCAGGAGACACUUGUGGCAUCACCUGUUGCUGGGCAGACUUCCGACUUUGUCAACAAGAUCUUGGACAACACAGGACGCGGGGAUCCCACCGGCGGACUGGUCGGCCUGCGGGUCCCCACCUCCAAAAUCUAGACAAACCGCAGUCCACUGAGAGGAGUGGACUCAAUAUUACCACCGUGCUGUCCCAUUGUAACUAUGCUCCCCUCUGCAUGCCCCUCCAACCCAGAGUACAUACACAUUGUUAGUCACACAAACACACAUACCACUCCCUGUGUGUAUGUAUGUGUGCUUGUUUUAGCCAUGCACCUGUAUGGCGUACACCCAAGCUUUCUGUCUCUGCACACUGUGCGCAGGGACAGUGCGUCACUGUCUCCCAACCCAUCGUGACCGUCUGUUGGGAAAAGCGCCUCUAAAAGCAAGGGAUGGUUAGGUGUAUAGCUAGUAGCACGUUCUAAAUCCACCGGUGAUUAUCAGAUGUGUUUAACAUAGCAUUGUGUAGACUCGGAUUUGUCAAAGGUUUGCUUCCUGGGUUGAGACAAAGACAGACACCGGAGUGUAACCAGUGGAUUACUGUCACACAAUUUAGAUUGAGGUUGUAAUGACAGAGGAGGAAUCGUUACACGUCAGACGCCAUCAUAGGUUGAAAAUGUUCCAGUUAUCAUGUCCUAGACGAGGUUCACCUUACAUGGCAAAAUUAGCUCCAGGAUGUUAAAUUGACCCACUCAUAAAGUACUUUGAUUAAAAUUGCUUUGGUUGCCAAGACAGCUGCAGAGAAAAAAAAAAGCAGCGUGCUCCGAGGCGUUUUCGGGGUGGCAGGAAAUAUUUUGUAUUGAAGGCCUAAAUAUGUUCAUGCCAUCCCCUGUUUGCCAAUCAGCUCUGCUGUUGUUAAAAUAUAGGAGUUAACCUUUAGCAAAUUAAAGCUUGAAACAAAAAAGAAGUCAAAGCGACAGCCAUCCUGCUGGCUCGAAGUUUUCGGCAGGCAGGAGGAAGCUUUAUGGCUAUUUUUGACGACGUUAACUUAAACAACAGGAGGUAGUUGACCACGUGGAGAGGAAGUGCAUGUAGUUUGGUGCUUUUUGACCUUGUGCUGGUUAUAACUGGACUGGGUGAAACGGGCAUUUUGCCAGUGUGGGAGCAGACUGUGAGGAAGAUGAUGAUGGCGGUGAUGAAGACGACAUAAACAGUGAUCCAUCUCCUCUAGGAAACUGUACAUAAAAGUGUCUCCCAGUGAAAAACGGCACCGGCUCCCCUUUUUGUACAGUAGAGAUGACCAGGCUAACAGUUUGGUGUGUUCAUACUAGUGUUUGAUCAGAGUUCUAUUCAUUGUGCCUUGUGUAUGUAUGUGUGUGUUUCUGUAAGUCUGAGUGAGUGUGUGUGAGAGGGGCUGAAUGAGAAGAGGUGAUUGGUCAGAACUCCCUGAGGUCCAGCCAAGGAGAGGACUACUUUACACUGAGGGAGAUUGUUAGUGAAUGUGAGGAGGGAGACGCCUGUGGGGGUUUGUUGUGUAUUUCAGUUGUCUAAAGAUAUUCUGAAUGUACAUAAGAGAAAUGGAAGCUCUCGUUGCGUGAUGCCACAGAGUCUGUGUAUAUAGGAGGGCUCUGCAAUAGAUUACUUUUGGUUUUUGGUACUCUGUCUUUAGGGAUCGGGGAGGGUGAACAGAUAUUUUCGUUUAGAGUUACAAAAAAAUAUUUGCACACUAUAUUUUGAUUGUUUUUUGUACCAAAGACACAUGCAACGAAAUGGCGACCAGCCAGUUAAAGUAAGGUUUUGCACAGCUUACCUGACGCCGUAUUGAAUGUAAGAAAUGUGGGAGGGUCAGGGAACUUCAUUGAACUGUGAAAUUAGCUUGGGUCCAAUUCUGUACAGAAAAGGAACAUUCAUUUUUUUUUUUUAAUCUAAGAAUUAACCCCAUCUAUGGGCUUCUCCAGUAGAUUUGUUGCUUAGCAAGCACUUCAUUCCUGAACUGAUUCCUCCCUCCACAUGCUAAUUGUGUUAAUGGCGCUAUCUAGGACAAAAACCAAGAGCGCUAGUAGAUAAGCUAUGUUACAUUUUUGCUUGUUUGUCAAAAUGUCACCAACAAUAACCAAAAUGUUUUGUUCGUGUGUCACUUGUUUGAUUUCUGUAGAAGAGGUCUAGUUCAUCCACAAAAUAUUAACUGAAUUGUGUUUUAAAGUACUGUAUAUAGAACCAUUAAUGAUAUAUCUAUCAAUGGUGAAAUGCCACUUUUCAUGACAAUUGAUUCAUUUUUAAGCAUGACACAUUUCUAAAGCCUAUCCUUGCAUCGAGAGAGUUAGAGGAAAAAAAACACAAAAACCAAAAAAAAAAAAAAAAAAAAGGUUCUUGUUAUAUUUUUGUACUUUAACUGCCUGCUAGCUUUCCUGUUGGCUUGGAAGUAUUUGUUGGUCAGAUCUCCAAGUAGAGAGAAGGAGAUGUGGAGGAAAAGAGCAGCCAGUCACUCUGAGAGUCUGAUAUAUAAACUGACACUUGACCCCUCUGGUCUCCUUUGCUGAGUGAAAUGAUGGAGAAUCAGGACUGGAUUUAUUUAAAACACAAUGCAGCGAAGCCACGGUCUAGUUUGAAUGGUCUAUAAAGAGAAUGAGGACAUGCUGUCUUUAGCGAGGACAGGGACGUGUGUCCAGGAAAGCAAAAAACUCAGAGGACAACAGCGGGGAGAUGCGAGGACAGAUAAGGAUCCAGCUGCAGUGUUGUCACAGAUGCUGUAUGAAAGCCAAAGCCAUCAUAUUUUCGUCCCAGACUGAUCUGGUUUCAGCACUGUGCGUUCUCAUUCAGAUUUUCACACGUAUUCCCUCUUUUAACCAUGAAGUCGGUUGAAUUUUGCGUUCCCUGGGACUGACACUGCUGCCUCUGAGGUCGCACUGCUGGGUUUCAUCUCAGCCCUCAGCUUACAUCCUGAGCAGUCACAGCCGCAGACACACAGAGUUACACUGUCCAGGCCACAGAUUGGCAGCGUGUCCAACCUUUAAAAAGAAAAUGCAUGAUGCCUGUAUGCUUUCUUCCCUUCCGCCUCCACAGAGGCAACGCUGCCAUUCCCAGGAAUUUUAAAGUUCAAGCGAAAUUCACUCGGUUAGCAGGCAAAUAGAAACAAAAGUGUUUGGCGAGGCUGAGUUCGGAAAGUACUCCUUCACAGGAUGAACCCUGAUGUCUGAUGAUGGUGAUGCAGAGCUGUGGUCUUUCUGUGUCGUGUGAUUGAGUAACAGCUAGUGCUACAUAUAUAUAUAUAUAUAUUUUUACUGUUUUCUGUUCUGUCUAAAAAGGGAGAAAUGGUGCUUUUUUCUGAAACUAGAAUAAUGAGUAUCCAUGAUUCUUAUUUGACUUCUUAGUCUAGUUGUAGCCUAAUGACUUGCUCUCCCCUACCGUCCAUAGCUAUUUUCUUAGUAGUGAUUCAUUUUUGUAAAUAGACUAUAAGUUAAUAUGUAUCUUCUAAAUGUUAGAUAUAUGUAUAGAAUACUCUAUCUUAUAUGUUUGAAAACAAAAGCACUUUGUCCAAAAAAGGAAAAAAAACAAAAAACAAAAAGAAAAGCAUUUUUUUCUUCCAUUUGCUGCUAAAAGGCCUGGUGUGAAUGCUGCAAGUGUACUUGACGACUACUUGCUAGGAUAGGUCUAUUACCUGACUUGGCUAGGUCUAUAAACUAGCAAGGACUAGGUGUAUGGCCUGGCGAGGGUUAGAUCUACAUGUUUCUGGAGCCAUGUAAUGAUAUGAGGUGUUGCUUGAAAGCGUAUCAUUCCUUGGCUUUGGGAAGCCCAGUGUCUUGACAGGAUAUGUCUAUUUCCUGGUCAGGGGAUAGUGUGUUCGUGGUCUUAAAAUAAAAAAGAGGGUUUGAUUCCAGGGCCCCUACAUUGAUCCUGAUGCUGACCCCCUUGGCGUCUUGAUUCAUUUGCCUUCAGUAGAGGUUUCCUAUGGAAAAACUGAUUCUGCUUUGGCUUCCUCUUCAGGGUGAUGUACAGUGUAGACACAUUUCUCCAGAGAGCUAUAUUGUUAUCAUUUGUAAACUGAUUUCUACUUGUGACUUAAUGAGGAGGGGUGUAGCCUGGGGCGGCCGGGAAGAGCCCAUUUGAAAGAUGUUGUUCCGGGCCGCCUUGGGGGAAGUUACUAUAUCACUGUACUGUAUGGCAAGCCAAUUACAAAUGGAGACUCAAUCCGGACACUUAUUGCCUUCUUAAAUAACGUCACUUGCAUACAAACAAAAAUAAUAAAUGGCAGACAUGUCAGUUGCUAUUGGGUGUACUCAAGGUUUAUGACAUUGUUCUGCCAAUAUAUGGUCAACAACAACAACAACAACAACAACAAUAACAAAACCGUUCAGCCUGAUUGGCUCAAAACAACCUUGAUUGAAGUAGCAGACGUGGUGAAAUAUGUCUGAAAAAUGGCUUCAAAAAUUCGAACCACUUGUGCUCAGUUUUAUCUUUUGGGACAGUGUUUGAAGCAUUUUUUCAGGUACAAUAUUGGCCUGGUCUGGUUGGGGGUCGACAGUGGUUAAAGUGCCGCUGGUUGACGGACAGUAGAGAGGCUCAGCGGUGAGGCUGACAAGAGAAGCGCGCGUGUUUUGUUGUCGAUCAGGAGGCUGGUUCAAGAAAGAGUCCUCACAGGUUUUUACAUUUAACAUGAUAGGCGCAAGCUGUGCAACUUUACAUUCAAACCAGGAGACUCUGUGGCAUUUUAACAGUCAAGGAGUGAGUGAAAAUCCACGCCAGUAAAACUAUUCCUUAUUCUUUUUAUUUCUGAUGACAUAAAUCCUAUACAGUCAACUAUUAAGCUAAUAGAGUGUGUAACUUUGUGCUACUCUUGUCCAAUAAAAGCUAAGUGGAUCCAUAAAGCUCUUCUUCAGCAAAUCAGGGUAAUAUCGUUCUUCUAUCUGACAUAUGUGAUGACAUAUAAAAUCAAAAGAAAAUAUAUUUAUGUAUUCCAAUUAUUGUCGCCAUUCUUUACUCUGUACAAAAUAUUUUGUGUGUGUGCGUGUGUGUGUGUGUGUGUGUGUUGAAUUAUCAAUGUCAAUCAAUAUAGUGCAAUGCUCUCUACACAAACUGAAAAAAGGCCAACAGACAUGUCACAAGAAUUCACAAACUUUCUCCGUGUUCUCCAGAUCGGUUUUCAAGCGUACACAACCUUCAACAUUCUGUUCAUGAAAGGAUCGGACUCUGAUUUCCAGCCGGGAUCCAACCGGGGUUUGUCACAUGGUGCUGACUAUUGUUCAUUCUCCCAGAAAUAAUCCAAGAGUCUAAAAUGGCAUCUGUAUUCAGACGCACUCACAGAUAACACUGUCCAUGUGAUUAUUGUUCUCAGUAACUGUCAUCCGACCAAACGUCCCUGUUGGUCCAAUCAGAGGAAGUUUCACAUUGAUUCUUGCUCUAAACAACAGAAUGGUCUUUUCUGCAUUGUUGAUCUGUGUGAUCAUUAUUGUUGAGCAUACGUUGUUUCUUUUGUAAAAGUCAGACUCCUGGAUUUGAUACCACUGCCAACAGUCAAAGAGGAUCUUUAUUCCAUUUGAGAAGUACAAAAUAUUGCCCAUUAUACAUAUUCUGGUGUAUCAUUCAUUGAUUUAUUUAUCAGGUGGGAUUUGUUACAAUGUUAUUAGUAAAAUGCAGCAUAUAUGUUGGUAUACAAGGGGAAAUAUUUGGUAACGUCCUAUUUUAUUGUUGUUUCUAUAAUUUUCGAAUAAUUUGUAAUUUGAUAAUGGGGAAAAUCGAGACGUGUCUAACGUGUCUGAUGCACUUUCUGUUAAUUAAUUACACCUUAGUUAAUUUAUUAAAACAAAGCAUGUCAUGUCAAAAAUAUUAGAGUUGUCUACUGGCAAACAUUCAUUAUUGACAACUUUAUUCUCAUAUAUGUUUAUUUUUUUUUUACUUGUGGUUAAAGUUGCACGAAUCAAUAUUUCUGUAUAAAAAACAGGAUAGCUUUACCUGUAAAUGAAAUGUGUUGCUCGGACCACUCUGAACCCACAGACAGUUAAACACACUGCAGUUCCCCUCAGCUCCGCUGAGCGUUUUAGCAUCUUUCAGCUCAUUGUUUUGAUUUUACGACCCACAUUUUUGGUUCGGUCUCUCAACAACAGGCAGCUGUUUUCCAUGAGAAAACUCUAAAAAAAACCCACCAUACACUACCUGCCCAGCACCAAGCGGCAGACCGAUAGUUAGCAACAAGCAGCUAAAGAGACAGAUAUUUUCCCUAGGUAUUGGUGGAGACCAAAAAUUGAGCUAAAAGAAGAGUGAAUAUUAGACUCUAUGCUAAUGCUAAAGUUUGCUAACAUGUUCACCCACACAGCUUCAUCAGUGAAAAUAGUCAGUGUCAGUGUUGUGCACACAGCUUGUUGUUGCUGGGAAGAUUCCUAUUUUCCCCAUUAUUUGUACCUACAGUAGCUGUUUCCAAGAAACCUUUAAACCUUUAGAGACCUUUAAGAUAAGCGUUACCGAAAACUCUUGUCUCAAUGAAUUGGGUUUGUAAAAAUAAAAUGACAUCACCUCCGGCUGGCUGUGAUGUCAGGUCUUGGAGUCUGGCUUUGAGCUUCUGUCGAGGCAUUUCAAAUGUUUCCUGUCUUGUUGAACCCGUGUGGGCUGCCCUCGUUGCUUGUAAAAACACCUCAUCCUCAGAGGCUGUAUGCUUACUAUACUCACAUUCUUCCCUGUGUAAAUUUGAUGCAUACAGAAAUGUACUCUGUGACAAAAAUGUGGGAAUGAUGUUUCUGCAUGCCGAAUCCCUGCAUCGCACUGAGAGAAUCAAGUGGCGUCUGGAGUUGUUCGCAGAUUGGGAAAUAAUUUGGCCAAUCGUCAGAAAGUGUCUCCAUCGUCACAAAGUUCACUCGCUGCACUCUCAGUUGAAUGAUUUCAUACUUGCUGCUAUUGAAUGAGCACAAAGAGAUUUUCGACUUUUUGUUUUGAGUGUCCAUGACACAAAUACAGUAUAUUAUUACCACACACACCCUUUUUUUUCUCCACACCCUUUUUUCCUACGACAGUCAAAAAAACCAACAGUGUUACUCACCUUGCACUUGGUUUUUACAUAUACAAGGAAAAAAAACAAUACUUUGAAUAUGAUGCCUGCUGAACCAGGUGCCUUAAUCAAAUAUAUGAGAACACAAAUCUGCACCUUCUGUCAGUCUGGAGGGGGUUUCCCUACAGAAACAAGGGGCUGGGUUUCCCAAAACCUAAAACUUGAAGUACGAAAAUGAAACGAAAACCUCAUUUUAACCCCAAAUCAAUACUUUUUGUAUAAUGAUCAGCCUUUAACAGCCGCGAAGCGCUGUUUGUCAUGUGUGGAUAGAAAAUUCCCUUUUAAAGCAUCACUGAAGAAGAGCAUAGAUGACAAAUUGAUGUUGUUUUGGGAAACCUGGUUCUGUUUUUAUCUCUUUCUCUGCCCACUACGCCACGUUAUUGUGUUUUCUGUAUUGGCUGCUGCUGCUAUCACCGCUGGUGUGUCCGUGUAGAGAAGAGCAAACUUCCACUGUGUCUGAGGCAGAGGGAGGCUUGGGCCUGCUUUUUACCUUGUCAAUUACAAUGUAUUCUUCUUCUUCUUCUUCUGUGGUUUUGACAUGGAGCACCGUGUUGCUGCCUCUUGACCUUUUUGAGAAAGAAAAACAAAACAAAACAAAAAAGCAUAAACCAGAACUUUCCGUUUCUUAACUUUGCUAUUAUGAAGUGCCAGACCCUCCUUGAAGCCAGUGUUGGCACUGAGUCGCAGGUUGCGAAUGAAGCGACAAACUGAGCAUGGAGGUAAACUGUGGUGCUAAUCUGUCUGUGGCUGGGUGCUAACAUGGCUGCGUUAAAAAGCUGUAUUAGCCAUAUUAUUCCUUCUGUUGACGACUCUGGUCAGUCUCGUGUUUCUGACUGCUGCACUGCUGUAUGCUGACAUAGCGAGGUAUAACUCUGCUGCUGCUUUGCUGAUGAAUGUAGACUAGUCUUCCUCAGCAGGAUCAUACAGACAGAUGUGAGUGUCUGGUGGAGCUUUUCCUGUCGUUCUACUUCCUGUUAGACUUUGUUUGGAACACAGAGGGAGUCUCCUGUCAUCAGAAUCCAGAAAGAUCAUGAAUGUUUAUCUUUAUAUGGGCGCUGUCCUGCUUAUAUGUUUAAACCUUCUUUUUUUUUUUUAAUUCAUAUUAUGGUUUGAUAUUUAUGCUUUUGACUCUGUGUUGUGUGUUGCACAUUUGAUGUUCUUUUCCUAAAUUAUAUUUGAUUACUUUUUCCCCUGA